AUGGUUUUCACUUCUCUCCUUACAGGCACAGCCUCUCUACUCUUCCCUCUUGGAAUUCAAACAAUACCAAUUGCUGCUCUUGGGAAGAAUCUGAACCUCGCUUACAAUGAGUUUGAUGGCUCUCCAAUCCCAUCUGGGUUUGACCAGCUCACCAGUUUGACCCAUCUCAAACUCUCUUGGUUAUCCUUUUAUGGCCAAAUCCCACUGGAAAUCUCCCGCUUGACCACUUUGGUUUCUCUCGAUCUUUCUCGCAAUGAAUAUCGGAAUGGUUCUGGAUUUCAAUACCUGAAACUCGAAAACCCAAGCAUUGGAGCAGUCGUCCAAACCUAUAACAACUUGUCAGUCCAAUAUGGCAAUGGUAACUCCACAUUUACUUCCAUCCCCCAGUUUGAAUCUUUGUUGUUACGUUCUUGCAACAUCAGCACAUUUCCAAAUUUCUUGAGAAAUCAAGAGCAGUUGGGGCAAUUGGACCUUUCCUACAAUAAAAUUAGUGGUGAAAUACCCAAAUGGAUAUGGGAGAUUCCACCAUGUUUGGGUGAGAUUGGUGAUAGGCUAAGUGUGUUGAAUCUUCAAGGAAAUGCUUUCAAUGGCACCUUACUUCAGACGUUUAAAGAGGGAUGUAACAUACAAGCGCUUGAUCUCAGUGGGAAUCAAUUAGAGGGUCAAGUGCCAAGGUCUUUGGUUAAUUGCAAAAUGUUGGAGGUAUUAAACCUUGCAAACAAUCAAAUACAUGACACCUUCCCUUUUUGGUUGGAAGCUUUGUCUCAGUUGCGUGUUCUCGUCUUGAGAUCGAACCAAUUUCAUGGUACCAUUGGGCAUCCUAUAACAAAUCACCCUUUCCCUCUGUUACAAAUUUUCGACCUCUCUUUCAAUAGCUUUGAGGGUAAUUUGCCAUCAAAUAUGUUCAAGAGCUGGAAGGCAAUGAUGGAUGAGGACAAAUCCCAAUCUUUGGUCCUUGGCAAAAUGAUACCUGGAAGUUCCAUAUACUAUCAAAACAAAGUGUCUCUAGUCAUCAAAGGGCGACAGAUCGAACUAGUAAAGAUCCUUACAGCCUUUACUGUAGUGGAUCUCUCGGAGAACAAAUUUCAUGGAGAUAUCCCAAAAUCAAUUGGGGAUCUAAAGUCCCUCAUUGUGCUCAAUAUGUCCAACAAUGAUUUAACUGGUGGAAUUCCAACAUCACUUCAGCAUCUAAGGGAUCUAGAGUCAUUAGAUCUCUCACAUAAUAAAUUGUCUGGAGAGAUCCCUUGGCAGCUAACAGAUCUAACAUUCCUUGCAAUGUUGAAUCUCUCACAGAAUUUCCUCAUGGGAAAAAUACCACAAAGCCGGCAGUUUCUUACAUUUAACAACGAAUCAUUCAAAGAGAACUUAGGAUUGUGUGGACCUCCACUAUCAAAGAAAUGCGCAGAUGCAGAGAGUGCACCACCGUCCGCUUUGUCAACAUUGCAAUCCGAAAGGAAAUAUGACUGGGAAUUAAUGCCUCCAGUUCCUCCUCCUCUGCGGCUUCUGAAGGAGAUGCUUGUUCUUCAGCAGAAUCAUUUAAUUCGAAAAAAGCAGGGCAUGAGAAACCAAAAGAAUAGAGAAGAUCUCUACCAUGUUUAA